AUGAGCCCAUAUGGAUGGUGUUUCCAUACGUUUGGCCACAUCUGUCAACGUCUGUCGUGGCUUCCUUGCGUUAGCCGGUGUCUCCCGUCGCACCGCAGAGCAAAUACAAAGCGCUCCUGCGAGUCGCGACGUGCAAUCCACUCACCGGCAGUGGACAUCAGAAGAGGCUUUGAAGGCGAGCCCCACGUGACACCCAUACAUCCGCCAAAACCCCUGCAAGAUCGUUUGCGUCACGUCCUUUCUCAUCGUGUGAGCGACCGCCGAUCGUGAUACUGGUGCACCCUCCUCUCGUGCUUGCUGGUGGCCACAUCGUGCGUCGCCCACGGCUGCCCGGACGACUGCGUCUGCCGACAGGACUCGCACUCCGUCAACUGCAGCUCGCUGGGGCUGUCCGACGUUCCGGGCAACCUCCCGGCGGACACGGUCACGCUGAGCCUCCAGGGAAAUGACAUCACGGAAAUCCGAGCCGGCAGCUUCGCGGGCGUCGAAGCGUUGCGUGCGCUCGACCUUUCCGACAACAGAAUCCACUCGAUCGACGCGAACGCCUUCGGCAAGCUGAGCAAGCUCUCACAGCUGAACCUGAGCCGCAACAGGAUCCGCGAGCUUCACGGCGAGACGCUGCGUCACUCCCCGCGGCUGAGCCGUCUCGACGUGACGCACAACGCGUUGAUGUCAUUGCCAGUGGGCCUCUUCCACGGUCUGCGCGACCUCAGCCACCUCCACCUUCGCGGGAACGGCCUCGCCAGCCUUGAGGGCGGUGUGGUGCAUCCUCUCGUGGGGCUGCGGGACCUCUCCCUGGCCGACAACCCCUGGGAAUGCGACUGCCACCUGUCCGAGAUGAGGAGCUGGCUCGAGCGUUACUCGCACCGAGGAGGUGCCGUGGACGAGGUCAGGUGCUCCUUCCCCAGGAGCCUGAAGGACCGGAGCCUCACGUCGCUGCCGGCCGACAUCUUCUCGGAGUGUGCGCCGCUCCGGGAGAACCCGGCUCUCGCGCCGUCGCCCGGGGUCACGACCUCGCCCGGGGUCGUGGCCUCACCCGGGGUCGCGCCCUCACCUGGGGUCGCGCCCUCGCCCGGGGUCGCGCCCUCGCCCGGGGUCGCGGCCUCGCCAGGCGACCCAGAGCAGGGGGAUGAAGUGGGGGCCCUUGUCGCCACCGCCGCCGCCGACGACGACGCCGCCCCCCCCCCCUUCUGCACCGUGCGGCCCAAGCAGCCCCCCGUGAACGUGCGCCGUGCGGUGGGCACGCUGGCCGUGGCGGGGGUCGUGUGCGGAAUCACGUCGCUCAUGAUGGUCGUGGCCGCCGUCUACGGCUGCCUGUACGCGGCGAUGAUGUCCAGGGUGCGGGGCGGCGGCGGCGGCAGCGACGAAGCCAGGGAGCGGCAGUCGCUCGCGAUGGAGGCGUCCGAGGAGUUCGCCAAGGAGCCGCUGAACCCGUCCCCGGCGUGA